CGGCGGGCAGGUCGCAUCAUGGCGGCCUUGAGAACGUCGGGUUCGCUCUGGGCGCUGCUCACGGGGGCCCGGCGCGCGGAGCGGGCGCGUCUCCGGGCCGGAGCUCUGCUGCAGCCGCUGCCCGGGCCCCGGCGGCUCAGCUCCGAGGCCGAAUCCGGUGGGUCCACGGUCAAGAAACCUUCAUUUACUGAUGAGGAAGUUCAGAACCUACUCAUCAAGAUGACGGGCUUGAAUUUGGAGAAGGUUUUUAAGCCAGCUGUACAGGAACUGAAGCCACCAACUUACAAGUUAAUGACGGAGGCGCAGUUGGAAGAGGCUACCAGACAGGCAGUCGAGGCAGCUAAAGUGCGAUUAAAAAUGCCGCCUGUUCUGGCCGAGCGGACGCCAAUCAAUGAUGUGUUAGCGGAAGAUAAGAUUUUGGAAGGAACAGAAGAACACAAAUACGUGUUCACUGAUAUCACCUACAGCCUGCCGCACCGGGAACGGUUUAUCGUCGUGAGGGAGCCCAGUGGCACCCUCCGCAAAGCCACCUGGGAGGAACGGGACCGCGUGAUACAAAUUUAUUUCCCCAAAGAGGGCCGUCGAGUCUUAACACCAAUAAUUUUUAAGGAAGAAAAUAUCAAGACCAUGUAUAGCCAGGACCGGCACGUUGACGUCCUCAAUCUCUGCGUCGCCCAGUUUGAGCCAGAUUCCGCCGAGUAUAUCAAAUUUCAUCAUCAGACCUAUGAAGAUAUCGAUAAACAUGGAAAGUAUGACCUUUUACGUUCAACAAGACACUUCGGUGGAAUGGCAUGGUACCUUGUAAAUAAGAAAAGGAUUGACGGUUUACUGAUUGACCAGAUUCAGCGAGAUUUGCUUGACGACGCCACCAGCCUGGUGCAGCUGUACCACAUCCUCCACCCGGACGGCCAGUCGGCUCAGGAGGCCAGGGCGCAGGCCGCCGAGGGCCCGCACCUGAUCAAGGUCUUUGCAAAAACAGAAGCACAGAAGGGAGCAUAUAUAGAAUUAACACUGCAAACUUAUCAAGAAGCGCUCGUUAGUCAUUCUGCAGCUUCCUGAAAAUAUUUAAAAAAUAAAUUCCAUUUUACUAAAGCUA